AUGGGCAUGGGAACUACGUCCGGACUACAAGCUCUUCUUCCUCAAGUACCAGGGGCGCUGCCGGUGGCUUGGCAAUUCCACCCUUGCCAGGGUAUUCAGGUGGAGGAGAUGGUGGAGCUCGGGAACAACUCCCGAUUCUUCCUGAACGGCGUUUCGCCGGUGAAUCCAUGGUCAGCUGAGAAGAUGAAGACGCAGGGGGAAUCGGGCCACGAGAAGCGUGAAGAUCCGGUCGAAGCUCUUCGUCGACAAUGUCUUCAAGACGCUGAGCAGCAGUUCUUAGUUGGGCUUCAAAAGACGCACAACCCUGAGCAGGCCGUGUCUGACUCCUACAAGUCUGCGCCGGAGAUUCCGGGUGGUGGUGGGGCUGGGGGGGAAACCUCCAUUUCCGUGGCCGUGUCCGCCUGGCAUCAAUCUGGUGCGCAGUGGCUUGUCAAGCUCUUCCUGGUUAUGGGGGACUUCAUGGACGAGGAGGACCUGGGUGGGUUGGCUAUGGUGGAGACCUUGAGGGUUUCUGACCAUCUGGCCAAGUCUGGUGCGCAGACGGCGUACCGCUUGUCACUAUGCAGGCAACAGCUGCAAGUGGAUACUCGCCCGAGUAUGGACUCGGUGAAGACCUUUGCAGAGAUGCUGCAAGCUAGGCGGAGGAGAUGUUGGUGGCCUCCGCAACCCUGGGGGAUGGGGUCGAACUCAAUGUGGAAUGGGGCGGUCAAUAACGCCACGACGGUGGACGUGGAGACCAAGAACGUGGGGGACAAGCACGCCUGUCGGUUCUGGCGCACGGACCAGGGUUGCCGUCGUGGAGAUCGCUGCAAGUUUGAGCAUUCCCGGUUGAACGCAAAGGAGAACCGGCGCUUUUAUUGUUCAGGGGCUGGUCAUUCGAAAAAGGAUUGCCCGCGCCUGAUCUCAAAAAAGGAGCCCGACACUGAGGACGCCAAGAAGCUUGCCAAGGUGACGGGAAAAGGGAAGCCAUCCUCACCUGAAAAGGGCUCGGCGGAGACUGUGGUUAGCUCCCCUGAAGUACCUCGGGAUGAAAAGGCAGCUGCGCUGCUGAAAUCAUUGCGCGCGUUGUCGCUCAAGGCGGUUCGCUUGAAGUUCCUCGAUGGUGUGGGGGAGAAGCAGGCGACGGAGGCCUUCGGCUUGUUGGAUGGCGGGGCGACUCACCCUCUCAGGACUGCCCGACCUGGUGAAUUGGAUCACGCGGUUCAGUCAGGUGAAUGUGGAGCUAGCUCAUGGUUCUGUGACCCUUCACCAGGAUGA